AUGGCUUAUGUCGCUGUCGACGCGGACGACCGUCUCGAAGAAGGACCAGAGGGUCUCGAGUUCAAAUCUUUCCUUGGAGCAGACGCAAGAGCAGAUCAACGAACCCAAUCCGGGGCUUCAAACCUUGACCGAGGAUAUCUUACAGAUCACACCACGCACAAAGGUCCAUCUGGGUUCUGGACAGUCGAAUACUAUCAGCCAUACUUUGACGUUGACACCUCAACCGUCUUAAAGCGAUGCUAUACGACCCUCCUCCCCACUUCACCCUCGUACCUGACGAUUCUUACACCCAGCGCUGACCUAUAUGGCCCUUUCUGGAUCCCAACCACGCUUAUACUGGCGUUAUUCCUAUCUUCGUCCCUCGCAGCAAGCAUCUCGUCUUACCUCUCUGAUGCAGGAGCUGCGUAUGAAUAUGACUUUGGCCUCCUUGGUCUGGCAACAACGAUCGUGUAUAUAUACACGUUUGCAGUACCGGUUCUUCUGUGGCUCACACUACGUUACAUCGGGGUUGGUGAAUGGGGCGUAGCGGAAGCACUUGGGGUCUGGGGUUACUCAUUAUUUGUCUGGAUACCGGUUUCGAUACUAUGCGUCAUACCCGUCUCUAUUUUACGUUGGGUUCUGGUGGGCAUCGCGUUCUGCUUAUCAGGGUACUUCCUGGUAACGAACGUGUACCCAAUAUUGGCGAUGGCCGAUGCAAAAGCCACUCGCCUACUGAUAGUCGUAGUCGGCGCACUACAUGCUGGGUUAGCGCUAACAUUCAAGGUGUUGUUCUUCAGCUACUACGUUGUGCACGAUAUUGGGCCUGGAGCAGACCCCGUACGGAGGUUUCUAUAA